CAAUAUGGCUGCGGCCAGGAGCGGGCGUGGGGCGGGCGCGGCGCGGCCCCGCUGAGCCCGGCAUGGAGCCCCGGGACUCCUGGGCGGCCUUGGCGGCUGGUGGAGUUGCUGGUGUGUGUGUUGACUUGAUCCUUUUUCCCCUGGAUACUGUAAAAACAAGACUUCAGAGUCCUCAAGGAUUUAGGAAAGCUGGUGGUUUUCGUGGCAUCUAUGCUGGCGUUCCUUCCACUGCAAUAGGAUCCUUUCCAAAUGCUGCUGCUUUUUUUAUCACCUAUGAGAAUGUGAAAUCCAUGCUGCCCCAUGGAUCUUCCUCUUACUUGGCCCCUGCAACACACAUGGUGGCUGCCUCCCUUGGGGAAGUGGUUGCCUGUCUCAUACGGGUUCCAUCCGAGGUUGUCAAGCAACGGGCUCAGGUUUCUCCUUCCUCGAGCACUCUCCGGAUUCUCUCCCACACCUUGUACCACGAGGGCAUUCAAGGACUUUAUCGGGGUUAUAAAAGCACCGUACUAAGAGAGAUUCCUUUCUCUCUGGUACAGUUUCCCCUCUGGGAGUCCUUAAAGGAUCUCUGGUCAUGGAAGCAGGGUCACGUGGUGGAUUCUUGGCAGUCAGCAGUCUGUGGAGCUUUUGCAGGUGGAUUUGCAGCUGCAGUCACCACACCGCUCGACGUAGCAAAGACAAGAAUUAUGUUGGCAAAGGCUGGUUCCAGCAAUGCCAGUGGGAAUGUUCUGGCUGCCCUUGGUGGCAUCUGGAGGACACAAGGCCUGUCAGGCUUGUUCGCAGGUGUCGUCCCACGGAUGGCAGCCAUCAGCCUGGGAGGCUUCAUCUUCCUGGGCACAUACGAGAAGACUCGGCAGCUGCUGCUCUGAGCCAGCCCGGCCCAUCCUGCCGGGGGAGAAGCCACCGAGGAGGAGGAGGAGGAGGAGGAGGAGGAGCUGGGAUGGGAGCAGAGCCUUCCUCCCGCACCCCUCACAGCAGCUGUCCUGCAGGCUGAGAGCCACUCUCCCUGCUAGAAAAAAGCAAAUCCCCCAAUAAUCCAGUUUCCCAAACAUGAAAUUUUCCUGCAUGGGAAAUGGGUGAGGUAAUUUUGGAAGAGUCGUGCCAAAAAAGUAAUGUUUGGGGGGUAAACAGCUAAUUACGGUGGCUGCAAAAGGCAUUAUUAGAACUCCUGCAGGGAAAGUGUUUUGGAAAGCUCUGGCUUGGGGGCUGAGUGGGGAUGCUGAAAUAAAGCAAGUUUUCAUCAUUCAGUGGCACCUGCCUCAUAACAGGGGAGGGGAAGGGGCUGAUAGAGUUACAGCCUGCUGCCCUCCAACAGCACCGAAAGGAUCCUGGCUUGGGAGAACUCUUUGUAAAAGACAAUCAUCCAUUUGUUUCUGAUUCGAGCUGUGUUUGUGGAAGUUUAUAUUCCUGUUUAUACCUACAGGUGCUCAGCAAGCAUUCCUGUGUGGGAGCCAGUGCAGCUUUAUUAAUCACACUCAUAUUUCUCCAGUAAAAGCACAGGCUUGUAUUAUUUUACAGCUGUGCGUGUGCAAAGACACGGAGCUCUGCCUUCUUCUGGUCUUCAUCCCUCAGCAGCUGAAGGAUGGAAGUGCUGAAGCCUGUGGGGGAGAAGCUGGGAGGGCAAGGCAGGGAGAACGUCAGAGUUCUGCUGCUGCAGGGGAGGAUCCUGAGGGCUCUCGGGGGUCUGCUGGCAGGCAAAACUCUGCUGCUGUUCUCAUGUAGGAAACAGAAGCUGCAGCAGCCAGAAUGGUGUGAGGAUGAGUGUGAUGGAACGACCUCAUUGGAAUUACUCAAUGUUAUCACCAGGCUCGGUGCUGGGGGUUUACAGCACCAGCUUGGCUGAUGCUGAGGGGUGGCUGGGGAGGUUUAGCUGUGGAGGGUGUUUUUGGGGCAGGCAAAGCCAAGGGGCUGUGCUGGGUGGUUGUUUCCUGUGUGGGAAUGGUGCCACAGGGCCCUGGGAUGAGCUGUGCCAGGUCACUCGUCCUGCUGGCAUCCUCCCUGUCAUCCCAACACUGAUGUGCUGCCCCAGGGUGCUGUAGUUUACCUGUGAGGCUGUUCCCAUCCUGAGGACAAUGUACAGGUGUUUGGAGUCCAGGGAGAGGGAGAACAAAUGCCAGACCAGGUCAGUGGGACACAGUGACACCAGAGCCCCUGCCCAGAGUGCCUACAGCACAGGCUGGAUGUUUUAUUACAAUGCUAUAUUGUAAAUGCAGGCAAACCCAGUGGGAAUGUCUGACUCAGUUCAGAAGGCUGAAUGAUUUCUUUAUUAUAACUAUGCUAAAAUACAUUAAUAUACUAUAUAAAGGAAGAUACUAAAACUGCAUACCUACUUGUUCUAACUACUAUAGCUGACUAACUCACAACUCCUGACCCUUUUAAGAGUCCAACCACAGGUGGGUUGGAUUGGCCAUCAGCUCAAACAAUCCUCACCUGAAUCCAACCAAGCACUCACUCCAGGUAAACAAUUCUCCAAACACAUUACACGUGGGAAAACAAGGAGCAGAAAUAGAAAUUGUUUUCUCUUUCUUUCCUCUGUGCAUCUCUAUGAAAAAUCCUGAGAGAAAUGUGUUUGCCACACUGCUAUCCAUGACAGAGUAGUAAAACUUUUUAGAGGCCAAAACUUAGAAAAUAAUUGGCAGACAAGUAAAACAUACAGAAGAAAGGACAUCAUUCUUAAAAAUAAUCUUCAAUUAAAAUGGGGAAUUCAGCCAAGUCCCGUGUUGGCUGGUUGGUAACACUACUCAUUACCAUGGCUUGGUGAAGCUGUGCUUCCUGCCACUUUGAGGCUGUCUCUUUUGACAUUCUAUAUAUACAUAUAUCACAUUCAAUUUUAGGGGCUGGGAAGGGAGGAAGAUUUAUUACUCUGUCUCAAAAACCUAUCGAAUUUUCUAUUGAAGCUCUUUAAACAUGGUGAGGGGGUUAGCACUGCAGUUGAUGCUUUUAAUUAUUUGAGCUGUAAAUAAUCAUCUUUAUGUCAUUGGGUCCAAAUGGUGCAAUUUUUUGUUGUUUUUAUUUAAUAUUGCAGAAUCAGUUUUUGUCAUCACCUUUUUUUUUUUUAAUUAAAAUAAAAAAACCCAACCAAAACCCAGCCAAGCAGCUAAAUUGUUUUAGCCAAGCUAAUGUGGGAGGGGACAGACCUCAAGUGAUUGUCCUUCCUCUGUGCCAGUGGCACAGCUCUGCACCACAAGAAGGCCAAAGGUACCUGGGGAUCAGGUAAGUGACAGCAGGUGGCCAGGACUGCUCUGCAUGCACCAGUUUGCCUCAUAUGGAUGAAAAGGACAUUUUUAGUUUUGGGAAUGUGGGGAGAAAAAAUAGACCAAAAAAUGCAUGGAUUCCCCUAUGAAUGUUUGCCUUAAGUUUUGGCAAUGUUUUCUUUCAAGUUUACCAAAAUUCAAUGUAGCCCAUUACUAGGAUAAAGUGGGAUAACAAAUUUUAUACCAGGCACCAGCCUCUUAAAACCUCUCUCAAUUUAAAAAAAGUUUUAACUCCUAGAUGUGUUAAGGAGCUUUGAGUAUUCUCAGACAACCUGCUUUAUACCCAAAGCGAUAAUUUCAAGGGUGAAUUAGUUUCAAUUUUUAAAAAAUCAACAGAAGCUGAAUUGAGAUUUUUAGUUAAAGCAGGAAUUCAGGCUUAUGUCCAAAGCUACCUCUGGAAUUUCCACCCAGGGUGGGGUUGGGGUUUGGGAAUACCAGAGGUGUUCACAACUGCAGCUGGGUCUGGUGCUGUCCUGGCCCUGUUUUUACUUGCACACACACACACACACACACACACACACCCCUCAUCUGUUCUGUUCUCUGCCAAGAUAGGGGGACUUGCCAGAUACUAAAGCAAGCUGAUGUACUGGAAAUGUAUUUCUUACAAGUUCUGUAUUGUAUUUUUCAAUCCAGCCCCAAAUUCCACCCCAUCCACAUGCCAGGCUGUCAGAGCCUCACGCUGUUCCCCAGGAUCUCAUGGCCCAAUUUCAAGAGCAGGUACUUUGGCAGUUUAUCUCCAUUUUCAUAAGAGAAAGACAGAAAAGAGAUAUAGCAAUGGAUUAGAAUUUUAUUUAAUUUUCAACUGAAACUCCCAAAAGUUCACUCUCAACAGAUCAGCCGCAAUAUUAUAAAUGAACCUUUAUUAAAGACAUUUCAAUGCCGUUUGUUAGACACUUCAAUAUCUUACAUGUUUUUCAAUGUACAACAUUGUACCAAAUUCUCUAAUAAAUAAAUAAAUUUGUACACAAAA